UGAGUUUUAGCCUUGAAGGAUAACGAGGUAAUAUAUUUCUUGACUUACGGGCAUCUUGAUAACCGCACUACUUUGAGAUGUUUGUGUUUUCCUCAUUCAUCAUGACCUCUCUACCUGACUGAGUGCAAGUACAGCACUAUCAUUGCCAAACAGCGCCUUCCGCCAUUUGACUGGCCGAUUUCGUCAGCCUUGCCGCAAGGAGCUUUCUCGAGCCAUGUCCAUGUCCGCUGCCCACUCCCCUUCCCAUAACUGGACGAACAACGGCCAAACCGCUUCGCUGCAGUCGUGUCCUACUCGUCCCUGUCACACGAUCGCACGUUUUGGGAGCAGAACCUUGACCUAUUUGGGCAUUGUUCAGAGGCUACCGUUGAUUCUCCUCUCACGCAAAUCUGGGUUCGAUUCAUCCGACCAACAUCCAUCCGACUUGCAUUUGAUCCUCAGACCUCAGCCGCCCCGUCUUGGGCGCCAUCGUCACCGCCAUGUGCCGGUUUCUGGUUUACAAAGGCAGCGACGAGAUCCUCCUUUCCAAGCUCGUCCUCGACCCCGCGCAUUCCAUCCUCAAGCAGUCGUUUGACUCACGUCUCCGACUCGACACCCGCCGCGGACAGAACAAUGCAGAUGGGUUUGGCAUUGGCUUCUACACUGACUCGAAACUCGGCGCCGCUCCGUGCCUCUUUACCUCGACGACGCCCGCCUGGAACUGUGUGAACUUACAACGCCUCGCCUCCAAGACAGCGUCACGACUGGUCUUUGCUCAUGUCCGCGCAACUACCGAAGGCACUCUCAGCGAAGACAACUGCCACCCUUUCUGCCACGGCAGCUUGAUGUGGAUGCACAAUGGCGGCCUGGGCGGUUGGAAGCAGAUCAAGAGGAGGCUUGGUGAGCGGUUGGCGGAUAAGUGGUAUUUGGGCGUGGUAGGCGGCACUGAUAGCGAGUGGGCGUUCGCCUUGUUCCUCGACACGCUGGAGCGUAUGGGCCACGACCCCAGCUCACAGCCUGAGAAGGGUUUUGGGCCGACAGUCCUCAGGAAGGCGAUGCUCAGGACGAUUGCCCGCAUCAACGAGCUGAUCGAUAACAUACCCGAAAGCGUUGUCCACGCCGAGAAUGUCGACACGAGGAGUCUCUUGAACUUCGCUGUCUCAGACGGUCACAGCAUCAUCUGCACCCGAUACAUUAGCAGCUCGUCGGAUGAGGCUGCCAGUUUGUACUAUUCGUCCGGCACGCUGUGGGAGACGAGGGCGCCGAUGCCCGGUAGUCGGGACUAUCAGAUGGAGCGAAGCGACAAGGGAGCAGAUGUGGUUCUGGUGGCCAGUGAGCCUCUCACGUUCGAAAGAGAAAACUGGGUCAACGUCCCGACCAACUCCAUCCUCACGAUCCACAACCAGACAGUCAUGGUGCAUCCGAUCAUGGACCAGUACUACGACCGCAACCCGCACCAUCGCCGCUCAGCUGCCUUUGUCCGCACAAAGGGCCUGUCCGCCAACGAGAAGGGCACCUCCAGAUCCGGUACCCCUUUCGACCUCCCGACAGGGAUCCCAUUAAUCCCUUCCCUCCCACAAAUUUCGGACCACCCGGAACCUCACAAACCACGCUUCCACGGGCCAACCAUCCCAAUUCUACCCAGCAGCCUCUCGCGCUCGCGCACCCCAGACCCCUCAUCCUCGGGCUCUACCCUGCCACGCUCCCGAACUCCCCUCUCCCACGCCGAGACGCUCGUUCCAGACCCGCCAGCCACCCUGCAGGCGCCACCGAUGGACGUCAGGGCGCUCACCGAGCCCCCUGUCUUGCGCGUCGUCUCACAGCCGCCGCCAGCGCAGGGCAACAUUAAGAAGAAGCGGGCUUCGCUGAGCGCGGUGGAGGCAACGGCGGGUGCCCACGGCGGGGGUGGUGUCGGCAUGCUGGCGCAGUACGCUGUUGAUAUGAGCCCCAUCACGCCGGAGCCGGUGCGGACCGAGUUUGGGAACUCGAACAAGAUUGCGCGGAUGUUUCCAGAGUUGGCUUUGCAGUAAGGCUUGCUUCGGAGUUGGAUUGGAGUUUGCCCUGAGGUGGGAUCAGCCGAGUUCAUGGCGUUUGGCGUCUGGGUAAAACAUGGGAAACCUGGAAUAGCAGGCGUGUCGAUACCUACCCUGCCGUUUGUUUGCGUGAGUGUAGUACGGGCAACAGGGAUUCGCUUCUUCUAAGGAUAGUAUGGAACGUAGAUAUGAGGCAGGUUUCGAUACGAUUACAUAUGGCAUUGAGCUGGACAACGUCAAGUCACCCGCACUAUUCGUUGUCAAGUCGCAUCAGCGCCUCGGCUACUCAGGCUUAACAUGGAAACCCAAUCCAGACAUGGAAUGUGUCACCAAAACGAAGAUGAAUAUUCAAACUUUUCCAAUAUAUACUAUCCCAAAUCCACCAG